AUGCCCAUGCCUGACAAAAAGCUCCGUGAGAUCCUCCGCAGACUUCUCAUUCUUGAUGCGCCUAGAGUUGCUUGGCUUGAGGUUCUAUUGCUGGCCAUUGUGUUGCUGGUGCACACUGAAGGAUUGGAGUGGGCUGAGGCAGUUGUGGGAGUCUGGGGCUGCCGUUCAGGUGAUGUAUACGAUGCUGUGGAAGUGUUUUGUGGCGUGGCUUCUUUAAGCCGCUGCUUGCAGUUGGGCGGCUACGACACUGCCAGCCUAGACAUUGGCCUCUGGAACCCUUGGAUGCAAAAGCGCCUAUGUUCCAAAAAACGGUUGGGGAAAAAAUGCAAAAGGAACCCAUUGAACCUUUUGUGUCCAGCUGGGUUUGGGCUGCUGUUGUCGGCCAUUCUGAAUUCCAAAGAUGGGGUGGUAGUCGCUUUUGGCUUGGUCUGUUCCACCUUUAUAACGAUAAGCCGCGGGUCCACCUUUCGACACUACUUCUUGCCAGAAGGGGAUCCUCAUUCCCUGUCAGUUUCUCAAAGCAAUUUGCUGGCAGCAAGGACAUUUCUCGCCAUGCUUGUGGUAAUGGCGAAGCAAGGAGUUUGGGUUUUAGAGCAGCCGAGCACAAGCUUGGCAUUCCGUCUUCGAGGGUUCCAGAAAUUACUUCGAACAUGCACUGUCUUCCGGCAAUCAUUUUGGAUGCGGGGCUUUGGCAGCAAAACGCCAAAGAGAACUACUCUUUGGAGUAACAGCAGUGGUGUCCGAUUUUUUUGCACAUCGAAGAAAGCCAGGAAGGGUCGUGGUGGUGCUACCCCAAAAUUGGCUGACACCUACCGAGAUGCCCUUGGGAGGAAGAGAUUUAAAGGAAAUGCAAAUCUUCGCAAAAGUCAGGAAUACCCUGUGGGCUUUGGAGUUCGAUUCGCAGAAAGCAUGAAGCACCUGAAAAAGGAAAGGUCGUCGUUGAAACAACCAAAAUGGGCACCUAGACUUACACGACCGGUUCAAAGUGGAGCCCCAAAUACCGUUUCAACAAAAUGUUUGCUUACCACGUAA